AUGCCUCCCACGCAGCAUGGUGGCUGCCUUCGUGCUCUUGGGUUCCUCUGGCUGUUUGCAGUGGUGGAAGCAAAGACCAGAACCUAUUACCUCGGGAUUGUGGAAGAGAACUGGGACUAUGCACCGUCUGGGAAAAAUCUGAUCACAGGACAAAACCUCUUAGAGGACAAGUUUGCAAGUGUGUAUGCGACAAGAGGAGCCAACCGGAUAGGGCGUGUGUACAAAAAGGCUAUUUUUAGGCAAUUCACAGAUGACACUUACUCCCAGGAGAUCCCCAAAGCAGCCUGGCUGGGGUUUCUCGGGCCAGUGCUGAAGGCAGAAGAAGAGGAUGUCUUUAUCGUCCACCUAAAAAACUUUGCUUCCCGCCCAUAUUCUGUGCAUCCGCACGGGGUCUUCUAUGACAAGGACUCUGAAGGAGCACUUUACCCUGAUGGAACCGGCGGUAAAAGCAAAGAGGACGACUUUGUUGUUCCCGGUGGAAAUUACACAUACACAUGGCCAGUAAGGAAAGAUUAUUCCCCAACUUUGGCAGACUCAAACUGCUUGACUUGGAUUUACCAUUCUCACAUUGACACACCAAGAGAUAUUGCAUCUGGUUUAAUUGGGCCACUGCUGGUUUGUAAAAAAGGAACUGCAGAUGAGACCUCAAUAGAAGGGACUGGUGCUGCUAACGCUUUUGCCCUGAUGUUUAGCAUUGUAGAUGAAAACUUCAGCUGGUACCUCGAUGAGAAUAUAAACACCUUCUGCUUAGAACCAGCCACAGUUGACAAAGAGGAUGAAGCUUUCCGGACCAGCAACCGAAUGCAUGCUAUUAACGGUUAUAUUUAUGGCAAUCUCCCCGGCUUGGAGAUGUGUGCUGACACUUCCAUGUCCUGGCACUUGUUUGGCAUGGGAAGCGAGAUAGAUAUCCACGCUGCGUAUUUCUACGGCCACACGUUCACUAACAGAGACCAGAGGGCAGAUGUCGUCGGUCUGUUCCCAGCAACGUUCAUCACAGCAGAGAUGACCCCCGGGAGCCCCGGGAGGUGGCUGAUAACGUGCCAGGUUAAUGAGCACUUACGAGGUGGCAUGGAGGCACUAUAUGAUGUUCAGAUCUGCCAAAAAAACCUGUCUCGGCCUUCACCACUCAGUCACAAGAGAAGAUAUUAUAUCGCAGCUGAAGAAAUGCUCUGGAAUUACGGACCUGACGGUUACGAUAAAUUCACUGGGCAGGGUUUAAACGCCACUGGCAGUGAAUCUGCAAUAUAUUUCAUACAAGGGACUGACAGAAUAGGAGGGCAAUACUGGAAAGUUCACUAUGUGGAAUAUACUGAUGCAACGUUCAGUAAGAAGAAGAUUUGGUCAGAGGACAUGAAGCACCUGGGAAUACUUGGCCCCGUUAUAAAAGCUGAAGUGGGAGAUACAGUGCUAGUUACUUUUGCCAACAAAGCCAAAAGAAGCUAUAGCAUUAUGGCCCAUGGCGUAAGCUUCAGCAAGCUGUCGGAAGGUGCUCCCUACUUAGAUGCGUCGGAAGGCUAUCUGAAGCCAGGAGCCCACGUUAAGCCAGGUGAAACCUUCACAUACAAAUGGAGGGUGCCUGAAAAUGGAGGUCCAUCAGAAAGUGACCCCCCAUGCCUGACCUAUCUGUACUAUUCAGCCACUGAUGCCGUCAAGGACACCAACUCCGGCCUCGUGGGGCCUUUGCUGGUCUGUCGGAAGAACACGCUGAAUCCCGACGGGACGCAGAAAGGAAUAGACAGAGAAUUUUACCUCCUCUUUUCAAUCUUUGAUGAGAAUGACAGCUGGUAUCUGAACAAGAAUAUCGAAGCAUUUACUGGAGACCCUUCAAAAGUAGAUGAAAAUGAUCCAGAUUUCAAGGAAUCCAACAAAAUGCAUGCUGUCAACGGCUACUUGUUCGGUAAUCUGCCAGGCUUGGCCAUGUGCAAGGACGACAAGGUCUCCUGGCACCUCAUCGGACUGGGCAGUCACUACGACAUGCACGGGGUUCAUUUUCAAGGAAACACCAUUGACCUGAGAGGGACGACGAGGGACGGGCUGGCCUUGUUUCCUCAUUUAUCAGGGACAGCGCUGAUGCAGCCAGACCGUGUGGGUACGUACAUGAAUUUAUCUUGGUGA